GUGACAUCACUCACGCGCGACGCAGCGACCAUGAGGAGGCGCAUGUUUGGAUUUCCAAUGUACGACACACAUGUUCGAGCUGCUACAGUUAGCGUUUGUCCACUAUUCCACUACUUCAGAGUUGCUUACUUUAAAAACUAGUCCAGGUUGUCAGCAAAAACCAGAAUUGGUACAAUUAAAGCCAAUCCACUGUCAUUACUACAGACUCGGUACAGUUAAACGCAUAGCUCCGCUGACAUGGCUGACAGCAGCCGGCCGUGCACAGUGUGGCUCGGUUCGGAGACCGGAAUCCUGAAGGGGGUUAGCGUAUCUCAGAAGAAGGCUUUUAACUUCUGCAACAGCACCCACUUGAGUCGCGAGAACGAGGUACGCGCACUGUGCUGGUCCGACCCUGGAGAGACUGAAGUUCUGGUGGCAUCAGUAGACGGAACCGUCAAGACCUUCAGCGUCGAGAAGGGUGUCUUCACCGACGGCCGCCGCUGCGGGGAUUCCGGCGAGGGCUGCUUCGUUGGGCUGGCGGUGCUGAGCAACACCUCGCUUGCAACGUGCGCGGAGAGCGGCGCGCUUCGAGUGUGGAAGGACGACAGCAGCGAGCCUGCGCUGGAGAUCAGCGCCGGUACCAACAUGUGCCGCAUGAGGCAGAACCCGACCCAUCCGCACAAGGUGGCGACAGGCGGAAAGGAAACAUGUCUUAAAAUUUGGGACCUGGAGAAACCCGACAAGCCAGUGUUCACCGCCAAGAACCUGCGGGAUGAUUGGUUGGCCCUACGGCAGCCACACUGGGUCAAGGACAUUGCCUUUAUCCCCGGGUCCGACAAGGUGGUCACUUGCACGGGCUACCAUCAGGUCCACGUGUACGACCCGUCUACACCUCAGCGUCGCCCCGUCAUGGAAGCCAAGUUCGGGGAGUACCCGCUGACAGCCCUGUCUCUUCCGGCUGCUGGAGGUUUAGUGGUAGUGGGCAACACUCACGGUCAGAUCGCCAUGCUAGACCUGAGGAAAGGUUUAGUCCGAGGCUGCCUGAAAGGUCUGGCGGGGGGUGUACGCGGCCUGCAGUGCCACGCCUCUCAGCCCGUGGUGGCGUCUUGUGGCUUGGACCGCUUCUUGCGCAUCCACAGCCUGGAGGAUCGCAAGCUGCAGCACAAAGUCUACCUCAAGUCGCGCCUCAACUGCCUUCUUCUUGCCAGCCGUCUGCUGGAGGACGCCGCCGUGGAUGCCACCCAGGAGGUGAAGGAGGAGGAAGAAGGGAGGGAGGAGGAUGAGGUGUGGGACGCCAUGGAGCAGGUGGAGGAAGUGGAGGAGAAUCCUAAGAGGAAAACGUCAGAGGAAGGAGCGGUGCGGCCACAGAGCAAGAAGAAGAAGAAGAAGAAAGACUGAGGGGCCUUCACAGCGUGGGACUUUCAAGCUCAACAGACUGAAACCUACCAGAGACACUCGUCUGUCGUUAGAAUGACGUUCUUUGAUUGUGUAGAAGUGCCUUUUUGAAUGCAUCAUUUCUACUAUUCAUGUUGUUAAAGGUUAGGGCACAGAAAUACUGUAAUGAUUUGUCAAUUGAUUACAAUAUUUUCUAUUUUUAUGACUGCACAUUAUGGAAUGGAAUAUCAGACUCCAUGUUUGAAAUGUUUAAUACAUGUUAGCAUCACACAUUGUAACAGUCGGAUUAUAAUAGAAUAUAUACCCUAUCAUUAAAAACAAGAUACGCUCUCCUAGUAGACGAUGUUGAAAUGACAUCAGGUGUUUUCAGCAGCAGUGUCAGUUUCACUUUCAAACAUUUAAAAACAGUUUGCAUUUUCACAAAAGGCCACUGGAUUCACGAAAAAAAGCUAUGAGGUGACUCAAAUGAGGAAAUGUUCCCUUUGUGUAAACGUCAGACGUUAGCUGCAUGUUAGCUUAGCAGCCAGGCUAAAUAACAUCUUGUUAUAAAAUAUGGACGGAAUUCCUGCCUUAUCAGUUCCUGACAAAAAGUUAGUGGUCCCUGGCAAACUUGUGGCUCAAAGUGCGACAUUCCGGUGCAUGCUGCCAGCUUACAGCAGGGGGGUGUCCAAAGUGAGGCUCAUCUUUUAUAGUCUCGGCAUAUUGUAAAAAUAAAUCUAUUUAUUAUUAGAGAUAUUUCUACAUAGAAUAAUCCCUCUUUCAUUGCGUUUAAUUGGUCCCAGACCUGACUGUGGUAAGUAUGAGUCCUUAUUCAUGAAUGGAAUCGAAAUAGGAGUCCUCUGGACAUGAAAUAACACUCCUAUAGACACCUUUAUACUAGUAUGACCCAAUCUAGUAGACAUAUCAAUAAGACUCAUAGUCGUGUGUCUGUAAAUAGGUGGUGGUGCUAGGGGAGCCGAGUGUGGCACGGCCAGGAAGUGAAUUUGGGGGUUCAGAGGUGAGUUUUAGCUUGUCUUAACAAUAGCCCGUGUUUGGGAUUCUUGUGCCUGUUGUGAGAUCGUUCACACCUUCAAUAAGGCUGGUACUUCUGUGUCUCACCUAAAAUUGCUGAAACUAGUGACCAGUGUAGAGCGCUACAUAUAUUUUUGAAUGCUUCGUCUGAAUGCCUUAUAUUUCUGCAGUCAUUUUUAUGCUUGAAAAUGCUCAAUUCAGGCAAAAUUCAAGGUAAUAUUUGCUACAUAAGCAUUUUUUUAAAUAACAGGCCAGUAUGAUUCAUUAAUAUAUUUUUGAAAAAAUAUGAAGAGCAAAGAGUUGAGGGAUUACUGUACUAAUUAGCUUUGUCACUAACAACAUGUAUGUUUUCUUCAUAUUGCUUAGCAUAUAUUAACCUAUGCCGGAUUGCUUUGAGCAUCUUGAAUGUACUAAAUUUGGACACCCCUGGCUUACAUGGACGUCAAGUUGUACAAAAUCAUAUCUUCCCAGUUUUUUGACAGCCUGGUU